AUGACUUACCAGAAGCACUCCACUGCUUCAGGAGCUCUGGGUCUCAGCGGGUUAGGGGAGGCCUGCAGUGGCCGCCUCACCAGAAGCAGGGGAGGCAGCAAUGCCGAACACGCUCAACAGCCCUCAACAGCUGCGCAAAGUAUUGCCUCUCUAGGUGCGUGUGGCGACUGUGGGUCAAUCGAAGAGGCCAACAGUUGUCGCAGCUGCGGCGGCAGCAGAAACGCUGGAAGUAGCAGCUGCAACAGGAACAGCAGCAGCAAUGAAAACAGAGGUGAUGGGGACUUCGUUAGCGAUGUCUUGCUUCGCGAGUUUGAGUUCGAGGACUUCUCCCGCGCGUCCUGUUGGGAGCAGCUACAAUAUGAGCUGGUCUCCUGUCUGCGCCGCCUCCCGAUUAUUGCAGCUCGAAGUCUGUAUUUGCAACAAGUGGCGAAUGCGCAUGUAGAGGCGGCAUCAGCAGCUUCUGGUGCUUCUGUCCAUACUGUUGCAUGCAUGCACAGCGAUGCGAGCUGCAGCAGCAGCUGGCAUGCCUGCGCAGUCCCUCCCCCCCAGUUCGCUUGCUUGUGUUGUUCUCCGCAGCAACAACAGCAGCAACAGCGCUGUGCGCUGUCUCUGCAGCUUUUUGCUCCCCUAGUGCUGCAGCUGUUGCUCCAUAUUCCGAAGCUUCCUAUCGCUUCUCCAAAAUAUGCGGAAGGCCAUCCAGGGCAACACUUGCGGAUUACGUACACGCGUGCUCCCCCGCUGCCCGAAUUUGGCUGCUGCUGCAGCAGCAGCAGCAGAAGCAACAGCACCAUCUGGGCGUCAGCAGAUGCACCGCGACCGGAACAGCAACCUCCAGAAGGCCUGCGCCUCUCGAGCCCCUCCAUGUCCCCAAUAUAUUUCGACAGCAGCACCGACGGUUGUAACUCAACCGGCAGCAGCAGCAGCAAUAAGAAGAACAACAAGGAACUUCGUUGCGGCAUUUGCGCUGCAUGCAUUCUUAAGUGGGAGCACUUCUUUCCAAGCCGCGCACCGUCAAUCCAGAGGAGCUUUGGGGUGUCGGAGUUCCUGCAAAUCGAAACAGUCCGUUUGUGCGAAGUACCGGACGCAGCAGCAGAUGCAGCAGCAGAAUCAACAGGAUGCGCUGACCAGGGCGCAGGACCAGCUACAAGGGGAGCUGCUGCGGCUGUUCCGCUACGCGUCCGUAAGGAGACAGCACGCGCGUCCCUUGCAGCUCUCGGAAUAGCGUCGCGUGCAGCUGAGCUGCGCCAGCUGGAAUCAGCAGGCCAGCUUCAACAGCAUCAACAGCGGCAGCUCUUAAGUCAGUUGCCGCUCUUCUCUUUGCAUGAUCCACAGCACGGGGAUUGCGUAGGUUCGCAGGUGCUGGUGUGUCCAGCGAGCGUUGGCUCAGGAUUUGCUACAGAAGCAUCCGCAGCAGAAGCGGCACCGGAAGAUGAUGAGGAAGCAGGGGCCGGCGGACGAAAAGGGAGCGCUUUGCUGAUACGGCAAUAUGAAUCUCGUUGUCUCUCUUCUGAUUUCGUGGAUUGCGACCUCUCUACGUUUCUUCAUUUGCUGCUGCCUCACCUGGGUGCGAAGCUGCGACAGGUGCCUCAGUCACACGAACAGCACCACGCCCUGUCUCUGCUGCAGCAGCUGGUUGUAACGGCACAGUACACGUACUUUUUGCCGAGCCCUUGGCAGCAGACAUACAACAGCCGCCAAGCAGGUGGAGCUCUUGCAGCUGCCGUUGUCGUGGGACCCGAAGCUUGGUGGCUACACCAGACCAACUAUACCUCCGAUGUUGGCAAAGGCACCAGCAGCUGUGGCAGCAACAGCAGCAAUAGCAGGAGCGGGCCUAGCGAAUGCAUCAUCAGUGAGUGGCGUGAGGUAGCUGUGGGGGCCGCAACUCUGCCGUUGGGCUCGGACGGCACCCCGGCGCCCUCUGCCGACAAGUUGCUACAGCAGCUGCUGCUGCAACGGUGCCCCUUCGAGGCUCUGCAUGUGAUAUGGUGCUCCCCAAUGCAACCGUUACGAGACUUCUGGAGCAGCAGCAGCAGCGGCAGCAGGCCGCUUGCUGCUGCGCUGGACUGCCGCCUGCGGCUGAAUCUCAACGCUUCCCUGUUUCUGGCCCACGAAAAGCUGGUGCAGCAUUACAGCAUGUCGCUGAAGACCCUGGAGCGGCAAGCACAGCAUGCAACAGACUUUCUGCAGGAGGAUGCGUGGCAGCAGCAGUGCGGCGUUACCAGUCGUGUUUACCAGCUGAGCCGCUUGCUCCUGCUCGCCGGCAGGAGCAGCAGCAACUGCAGCAUCAAGCAGCAGCCCUUCGCUUCCUUGACUUCGAAGGCCUUCCGUGAUAUCGAGCGAGCACGAAUUCGCCGCCGGGAACCCCACGGCGUGCGCAUGAAAGGGCAGUCUGCUACUCCCACAAAGCGCAGCCGAAGGGACAGCACCAGCAGCCUCCGCAACAGCAGCAACAGCAGCAGCGACAGCAGCAGCCACAACAGCAGCAGCCAAAACAGCAGCAGCCACAACAGCAGCAGCAACGACAGCAGCAGCAGAAAUGCCAGCAUAUAUAGCACUACAAGAGAGGCUGAAGCAGCUGCCAUCGAAGCGGAAGUGCAGCACCUGUUCAGGCCAAUGACCCGCCAGCAGCAGCUGCUGAUACAUGAGCAGCAAGUUAAGAGGCUGCUUCUUAUCGGCAUUAGCAGCUGCACUCCAUGUAGCUGCUGCUGCAGCGCCUGUGGAUGCUGCGGCAUUGACUUGGCAUUCGCGUUGUUGUGGGGCAGCAGUAGUAGCAGCAGCUUCUUCGCGGAGUUGGCGUUGUGUGCAGGGGAGCAGCAGCGACUCGUUGAGGUGCAAAGACUCUGGCAACGGCUGCUUAUGCAGCUUCGCUGGAUGUGGGAUCGGAGGUUGCUAUUGCCGCGUGUCGUUUCUGGCCUGACGGCUGCAACGUCGAUUGCAUGCGCAGCGGAGGCAGCGGAAGCAACAGCAAAGGCAGAAGCAGCGGCCACAAAUGGCUGCGAACCCCGGGGCGCUCUAGCAGCGGGACUGGGGGUGGCCUGCUGCCCCGACGGCCCCAGUGCGCUUCCCGAUGUUUGCUGUUGCUCCCUACAGCAGCAGCUGCAGCAACUGAACUGCGCGACGCAGCAGCAGAGGCUGCAGUGGCUCUUGCAGGACAUGCCAAGGGAGCAGCAGCAACAACCCUUUGAGUCUCUACGAUUUGUACUGCCUCCCCCAGAGGGUCUUUCUCACUUCCACGAGCCGAUUCUGCCCAUUCUUCCCCCCAUCACCGAGGCGAGUUUGACAACCGAAAGACUUUCCUUGCUUGACAGAUGCUUGAAGGUGUUUGCGUUGCACGUUUUUAUUGCUGCUCCCCUUUGUGACGACAAAAAAAAAGGCCUCAGAUAUCUCUGUGUCCAGUUGUAUUCUGCUGCGGGCACUCAGGGCACCCUUGCGAUGCAUGCGGCUCUCCUGAGAGAACGCAACAGGAGCGGAUAUGCAGCGCGAAAGGAUUUUGGGGACCACUGCGAAGAGCUGUUAAGGGUGGCAAAUAAAGAUGCGUGUACAUCCCAGGCCAGUGCAGUUUGGUGGCAGCACUGCUUCGCUUGCCUGCCCCGCAGUGUGGAGCAGUUGCUGCAGCAGCGAGGACAGCUCUUGCAGGAACGGGAAAAAGCGCAUUCAGCUGCUCUCUCUGCACUCCGUGCUUCAGGUUACACACGCGAAGCGGUGCUGCAGGCUGCGAGGGCUGCGACUGCGGCUGCAGUGACUGCUGCGGCUGCCUUUGCAGCAGCACAGUCAGAAGAGUCGCAGAAGCCAGACUGUGGGAAUGUCGAAUGCUCGGCAAAAGUGGAGAAGGAGCAGCUCUUUUUUAACAGCCUGGUUGAAGGCGAAGGGGCGCUGCAUGGCCUGGAAUCUCUCACAGCGACGGACCUGCUUGUGCAGCUGUUGCGGGUGCUCGUUGCUUCGCUGGUUGAACAAUGCCGACUCACUUGUGCGUGCGUCUUGGGUAGCAUCCGGCGCCGCGAUAGCAGGCGCUGCAUGUAUGUCCCAGGUGUUGCUGCAGCGCGCUGUACAGUUGGCAACAGUUGCUGCAAAGGGCGGCUGUUCCCCUGCCACAUCCCUGCUCUUCAAGCUGCUGCAGACGACCUCCAGCGACACGCGAUUGCACAUGCGGCGGGCGCAGCGGCUGCUGCUGCCGAUGAUGCCUUGGCGUGGUUGCCGCCCCUUGCUUUGCUUGCUGCGUGUAUGCGAUGUGAGUACAUCAUUUCUGCUGCCGUGGGACUGUGCCGACUGAUCGGCACAGACCCCCCUGCUCUGGCAAUUGUCAACCGCGCUUUACAGCUGUUACUGCUCCGGUUGCAGCAGCAGGAGCAAGCAGCAGCGGCAGCGGCUAGCUGCUCCACUGGGCGUCGAGAGGGCACACGCCAGACAGUGAGGAAGUUUCCAGAAGCCGAGUGUGACAUCUUACUGCCAAUCCUCUCGUGCAGUGAGAAGCGGGCGCUGCAGCAAAUGUUGAAUCGCUAUCAAGGUCCAACCAAGAACUCCGCAGCAACCACAGCAGAAGCCGCUACCGCUCCUUGGGAAGCUGUCUUGCCCUGGCCCCCGUUUGCCCAGGAAUUUGUCCUUCUGCUACAGUCUCACACUUCAGACGGGAACCAGCAAGGGGCACUCCGGAAGUGGGUGUUCUACUGCCGAGAGCAGCAUGCCGACAGAGCAUUUGCAGUAACAAGAGAGCGUUGCAUUCAAUAG